AUGGCCUCGUUUCCCAGCAUAGUAAGGGAUCUAACCAGUCAGAUGGAGUCCGAAGCAACCCCAGCCCCGCAGGAGCACCAGCCAGCCGUCGGAGAGGCCUCUACCGCUAGAGAGGAGACACCGCAGGCAGCCGGCAUUACGGGAGGUAGCCCCAUGGUCGCCAUGACUAUUGAAAACCUGCAGGCACUCUUGGCGAGCGCAGUCCAGGAGGGCUCUGUGCGCACGCUAAGGGAGCCCGAGGUUGCGUCGCCUAAAAGAAGGAUGGGGGAGAUUGGGGGGCGGGGGAGCGAGGGACCCGCCCGCGCAAGUUCCUCGCUCAGUGCAUUAAGCCCUUUCUCAGCCGACAUUCUGGAUGACGAUCUACCACACUCAUUUCGACCUGUCACUUACGAAUACUUGGGAACCACCGACCCUUGUGAGCAUCUAUGUCGCUUCAAUAACACUUCGGAUUUGCACCGAUUUACUGAGGGAGUGAAGUGUCGGGUCUUCGCGACUACGUUAGCGGGAGCCGCACAAGCUUGGUUCAGCCAGCUGCCUGUGGGCACGAUUCGCGGUUUCGACCAGCUAAGCGCCUGCUUUAUGGAUCACUUCGCGAGCUCAAAGAAGCAGAAGAGGAGCACCCUGACUCUGUUCGCAGUCAGGCAGAGGGAGGGAGAGCACUUACGAAGUUUUAUCAAGCGCUUCAUCUCGGCCACCUUGGAGGUACCAAUCACCUCGGAGGAAGUUUUGAUUAGCGCCCUCGCGCAAGGGCUGCGGGCGGGUGAUUUCUUCACUUCGCUCUCGAAAAAGCCCCCCGCAUCUUUUAAUGCUUUGUUGAAAAAGGCCGAGCGAUACAUGAACGCCGAGGAAGCGGUGCAUAAUAAGUUUGGCGAGGGCAAAGGCGGCCUCGAGGCGAAAAGGGAAAAGAAAGAGGAUAGAAUGCAGAAACCGACUCAACUUGCUAGAAGGGAGGUGCAGAACGAGAGAAAAAUAGGACCUCGUUAUGACAGCUACGCCACGCUAGUCGCACAACCAGGAGAGAUAUUGCUGGCCAUAGAGAAUAACCCAAAGUUAAAGUGGCCUCGCACGUACGCGGAGGCCCCGAAGAGAAGCCCCACGCUAGGGAGUUUCUGCCGUUUUCAUAAUGAUUAUGGCCACACCACCAACGAAUGCCAACACCUUCGUGACGAAAUCGAAAGGCUCAUACGCGCGAAGAAUCUGCCAGAAUUUGUGAAAGAGGGGAACCAACGCCCGCAGCAGUUCCCAGCUCGGCGUGCGAGCGAGCCCCGCAAACCUGAGCCGGGAAGGGAAAAGCUAAAUGAGAGGAAGGACCAGGUGGCGCCUGCCAACUUCAUCAGCAUGAUUUUGGGAGGACCUUCAGGAGGAGACUCCAACAGGGCCCGGCGAGCGCACCUGAGACAGUUGCGAGAGACGGAGGAGUUAUUUGGAGAGAUAGAAGAAGCAGAUCGGGCAAGCCGUGCGCACCUCCGACGUUUGUGCGAGAUGGAAGCUCAGCUCGAGGAGGUGCAAAGAAUAUCUUACGUGCCGCCCAUUGUUUUCGGUCCCCAGGACGAAGAAGGAAUCAGGCAGCCACAUUCUGACGCCCUGAAAGAUGAAUAUGGAUUUCGAGUUAAAGUACGUAGAGACAAGCUUGGUCGGGUUCUCGGGAGAGUCAGUGCGGUCGGUCGGAGAGGUAUGCCUGCCCAUUUCUCUAGGAAUGGAGCCGGUGCGAGCAACCCGAUCCGUAAAGUUUUUGGUACUGGAUGCGCCUUCUACCUACAACAUCAUAUUGGGGCGACCGUCUAUGAACUCAUUUCAGGCAGUAGUCUCAACUUACCAUAUGAAGCUGAAAUUCCCCGUCUUAGAUCAAAUCGGGAGGUCCGAGGGGAUCAAGAGACCUCGAGGAGGUGUUAUUAUGACGCCUUGAGAAGAAUAGGAAACAUAGAUGCUAUUCGCACUGUUUCCCGAGGUAGCCAGGGGAAGGAGGACCGGAUGCCGAAAGUAGACCCCGCAAAAGAAGAAGCCCACGUGAAGCCGAUGGAGGAAUUAAUGGUAAUCCAACUAUGCGAGAAGGAUGCCUCUCGCACCACCCGCAUAGGUGGCGGUUUAGAUGCAGACAUGUCUCGACAGCUGGUUGAGUUUCUAAGGCAGAAUCAAGAUGUGUUCGCGUUCACUCCACCAGAUCUCGGGAGUAUCGACGAGCAGCUCGUGGUGCACAGACUGAAUGUCAAGCAGAAUGCGAAGCCAGUCAAGCAAAAGCGUCGGCAUUUUGGAGCAGAGAAAGACAAAAUUAUACAGGAAGAAGUGCGGAAGUUGUUAGCAGCCGGACAGAUCCGGGAGAUCCGUUUUCCUACUUGGCUGUCCAAUGCAGUUUUAGUAAAGAAGGGCGAGGGAAAGUGGCGAAUGUGCAUUGACUUCAGGGAUCUCAACAAGGCAUGUCCCAAGGACUACUAUCCUCUGCCACGAAUCGACCAGCUUGUAGACUCAACUGCCGGUUGCGAGAUGCUAAGUAUGAUGGACGCCUCGCAAGGGUACCAUCAGAUUCCAUUGUGUCCUGGCGACCAGCCCAAGGUGAGCUUCAUCACCUCCACUGGAACUUAUUGCUACACGGUAAUGCCUUUUGGGCUAAAAAAUGCGGGAGCCACGUACCAGAGACUAGUAGACAAAAUGUUCAAGGACCAACUCGGAAGGAACAUGGAGAUAUACGUGGAUGAUAUGUUGGUGAAAAGUCAAAAGGCGAGCAAUCAUUUAGAGGAUUUAAAAGAAACCUUCUGCACGCUCUGACGCUACGGCAUGAAGCUUAACC